AAAGAUAUGAUUUAGCUAAUAUAUUAGGAUAUGAAAAUUGGACUGAUUAUUGUAUUAAUGAAUUUACUAGUGAAAAGAAUAAUUAUAAGUAUAUUAAAGAAUUCUUUGAAAUAAUUAAAAAGAGGAUAGAUAUAGAUUAUAGCACGAUUAAUAGAGGUAUAGAAUUAUAUAUGAAUAGAAUGAAUGGAAGUUACCACAAUCACGAUGAAAAAAAAAAUAAAAUAAUAAAAAAAAAUAAUAAUAAUAAUAAUAAUGAACAUAUAUAUGGGAACAAUAUUUAUGGGAACAAUAUUUAUAGUAACCAUAGUACGUGGGAUUAUGGUGAGUGCUUUUAUAAAUCGAAGGAAAAGAAAAUGUUUAUAUACGAUUGGUAUUAUUAUUACAACCUAAUGACAAACAAAAUCGAUGAAUAUACAAUAAAUAAAUAUUUUCCACAGAGUUAUGUACUAGAUAAUUUUAUCCGAAUAAUAUCACGGAUAUAUAAUUUUUAUUAUACGCGAGUUAGGAAUACAGAAUUAGGGAAUGGUUGGGAAGAAAACGCAAUAAUAUAUAAAAUAGAAAGAAUAGAAAGAAAAGAAAGGAUAUGGAAUAGAAAAGAGAAUGAUGAUAUAGAAAAAAAAAGUAAUGAUUUGUCAUCAUGGUUUUUAGGAUAUAUAUAUAUAAUACCAUAUAUAGAUAUUAGUUUUAAAGAUUAUUUUAGAAUACGUAAUAUAAAUAGUUUAUCGAAUACUUAUUUAAUUUGUAAAGGACAUGUUAUAAUAAAUUAUAAUUUUGUACGUACUGUACCUAUAGAAGAAAAAUUAUUUAGUACCUCUGAAAUUACAAGUUUAUUUCAUGAGUUUGGUCAUGCAUAUCAUUUAUUAUUAUUAUCUAAUAAAUAUAAAUUAUAUAAUUUUAAUAAUAUUCCAUUAGAUUAUGCUGAGUUCUUUUCACAUAUUAAUGAACAUAUUGGUAAUAAUUAUAAUAUUAUAUAUAAUUUAUCUAAUGAAAAAAAGGAUAAUUCCAAAAUCGAAAAACAUAUUUUUAAUUCAUUUAAGAUUGAUGAAUUAAGAUUAUCACAUAUAUAUACACAAUCGAUAAUUGAUUAUUAUAUACAUAACCUAAAUCCAUAUAUAUUUUUUAAUAAAAAUAAUAAUUAUAAUAUAAAUAAUGAUGAAAAUAUCUUAAAUAAUUUUUAUGAUCUUAUAAAUUCUGAAUUCCCAUAUAAUAUUAAUCAAUUUAAUUAUUCUUUAAAUUCUACAAGUUUCCCAUAUCAUUUCUCCUCCUUAUAUGCAGGAUCUGUUUUUAGUUAUUUACUUGCUGAAAUUAGAGUACGUCUUUUUCUAAAUCAAAAACAACUCUCAUUAAAAAAUAACAAAUCCUUAUCCUCAUUUCAAAAAAACUUUUAUGAUAUCAUAUCCAUUAAUUACAUGGACAAAAAUAAUUAUCCAUCUAUAAUACACCAUGUUAUAAAAAACAAAAACGAAGUAUUACAAAAAAUGUAA